AUGGUCGCAGCUCCCACCACCGCCUACGAAGACGAACCCUCUCCCACCGCUGUUUGGCCUGCUUCUGUUUCCGCCGACUCUUCCGCCGACUCCCCUGGUCUCGGCACCAGUCCGCGAAGAGCCCGCGCCGUACCUUACCCUAUGUCGGCCGCUGCCCCUCUGUCUUCGUCGUCCUCAUAUCGUCAGCAGCAACGCAGCUCGUCUCUCAACAUUGGAUCCGGAUCCGUUCCUGGCAGUCGCUCGGCAUCCGUCGGAUCACGACAAGACACUUUCCGCCGUUUCACCCAGCGCAUCUUCGACCUCUACCUCGCCGAGGCUGCCCAUGAGAAUCAAAAGAUCUCCUCAGAAGAAGUCGCACAUCAAGACCAGAGGCGCUCAAGUGCUCCGGAUGCCCACAAGCUGAUCUCUGGCGGCGGAACGGGCAGUAGCACCACCAGCGUCGCCGGGUCCGGUUCGGGCUCGGGCGCUGCCGACCGUGAUCACACUGUCAUUCGAGACCUCAGCCAUAGCCAUGUGCUACGAGAUCCCGGCACCAUCGUCUGGAAGGGAAACCUCGAAUCGAUCCUACUCGUCUAUAGCAACGAAAAGCCAAAGGAGUUCUUCCAUCACAUUGCCGAGUCCUUCAGCGACCCAACCGCACGCGUGCCCCUCCUCUUUCUGCUUUCGACCUUUUUGCGCCUCUAUCCCAUCCACGCCUAUCACAUCACCUCGACUGCACUGCCACGCAUGCUCAUGCUUUCCCUUCAGCUCGACACUUCCACCACUUGCGUCUCGCUCGGAGUUACUGCCUUCAUCAUGCUCAUUCCGCACAUCCCCAACUGGAUCGCAAAUGGAGGUGCGGGUGGACUUCCGACGCUGCUUAGUAUCUUUGCACGCAUCGUUGAUUGGCGUCGUCUCGGUCAUGGCUGGGAGUCUCGCAUAGGCGACGACCCUGAGCUUCAAGAGAUGCGAAGAGAAAAGGACGAAGAGUUUAGCGAGAUCGAGCGUCUCGGCAAGCGUCUCCACAUCAAGCCCUCGCUGCGCUGGAACCGGCUCGAGUCGACUUUUGAUACUACCAUGUCGACGCCUCCCAACGCAGAGCACCUCUUCACCUUUCUCUACGGCCUCUAUCCGUGCAAUGUCAUUCGCUUUCUGCGCUCGCCUAUCGACUACCUGCGCAAGGCUUCGUUCGACAGCCCCUUUGAAGGUCCUUGGGAGGAUAUGAUGGAUGAAGUGGCUGUCCAGAAUCGCUCCGGCCCAAUCUUGCGUCGACACACGAUCCAUCCCGCCAUCAUCACCAUGGACGCCGAGACCGAACUUACGGACAAGCAACGCUGGCUCGACCACGAUUCGGCUGACAUCAAUGCCGAGUGUCUUGGCCUGUUCCUCGGCAAGUGGCACGACGUCAAUUCGGCGCACAUUGUCCAGGCCGAGAGUCAGCGACGCGGUUCGCUCAACCCCGAAGCACCCGACGACGACACUGCAUCCGUGUUUUCCUCUGAAGCCAGGCUGGGUCCGUUUGACAUGGAUCGCCGACGCAGUGCAGCAGCGCUCAUGCAUCCCUUUUCGCCCAGUGGCUCGGCACAUCGACACUAUCAGAAGGUGCCUGGCUCGGUCAACCCGGACGACAUUCUUCUGACGUAUGCAUCGCUGCGGUCGGGCGCACCGCUCACCUCGACCACGGCGGCUGUCGCUGCGGAAAGCAUCGAUGCGCCGCCUACCGCCAUUGGCUUUGGCGCCGCGACUCAGCCAAUGACGGCGGCUGCUCAGCGAUUGGACGAGUCGAUGGCCGCGUCGACGCCGUCUCUGGCGACGCAGGCACGGGCUACCGGUGGCAUGACGGCGAGCGGGACACUGUCGAAACUGAUGCCUGCUGCCAGUGCUGCUGCGGCCGCGACUCCGGCUAUCGUGACAGCUAUGGGUAGCUCGAGUGCUUCGCAUGCGCCCGUGUCAAUGCCCACUUCUCCUGCUACACAUGCGUCUCUGGCAAGGAUUCGCUCGCGGUCGGGGUCUUUGUCGUCGUUGCAGUCCAGUCACAACUCCGUGAGCCCCGGGACGCCCACUUCGCCCACGUCGACCGCAAGGCAUCCGUUGGCUGCGAGCCAUCUGCCUACCGAUCCGUUGACGCCUCAGCAAGUGUCCACGUCCGGAUCCGGGUCGAGCGAGAAGGCGUUUUUGGCGAUUCCGUCGUACGACACGACCAUGCCCACAGCGGCUGCUCACGGCCUUGGCAGCGAUGCAUCGGUCAUCUCGCUUCUGCAGCGCGAGAACCUGCUGCUGCGGAACGAGCUCAAUUUCGAGCUGUAUCUCAAGGAGCAGCAUUUGCGCCACAUUGGGCGCCUGCACCGCGAAAAGGUGACGGAUACGGCUUUGGAAGCGGAGCGCCAGAACUUGUAUCACACGGUGCGCACGUUGCGCACGUCGAAUGCGGCGCAGCACGCCGAGCUGGAGCGGUGCCGAGCCGAGGCGGCGGCGACCAAGGCCAGGCACGUACAGUGGGAGGCGGACCUGAACCACAAGCUGAAGGCGUACCGCGAGGAGCGCAAGGCGUGGACGACCGAGGCGCGCCAGUUGAAGGCGCAGGCCGAAGAGGACGCCGCCAACAUCGCGUCGUUGACGCGGCAGUUGGAAGAGUCCGGUGCGCAGCUAUUUGAGCUCAGGACCAAGAUGGAGUCCGACCAGCCCAGAUUGGCCAAGCUGGACGGGUACGAGGCCAAGAUUGCGCAGCUGACGCAGUGUUUGGCGUACUGGGACAACGACGUGCUCAAGUACGAGCAGCAGAGGCGCGAGAUGGAGAAGCUGCUCAACAAGUGGGACGAGAUGGCGUAUUUGGUCGAGGCGACCGAGGCGACGCUGAGCGACGUCGAAACAAAGUGUGCGACAGUCGAGGCCGAGAACGAGCGAUUGAGGCGCGAGUUGGAGGCGGCGUUUGCGAGCGUGAGGGCGUUGAGGGCGGAGAAGGGCAAGCUCGUCGUCGAGGGCGAGCCGGGCAGGGACCAGGUGGUGAGGCAGGUGGGCGAGCUGGAACGGGAGAGGGAUGUACUGAGGGGCGUUGAGGAGAGACUGAGUGCCGAGGUGUUGGAGUUGAAGGCCAAGUUGGAGGUGUUGAUGGAGAAAGGGCAGCAGGAUGCGGACGCAGAUGCGGAUGUGCCGCCGCUUGGCGAGUAG